CCCAGCUUUGGGCUUUCCUGCCUUUUUUUUUUUUAUUCCCAGACUUUGCACAUUGGAAGCUCCCACUUGGCCCCUCCAAAUCCAGACAAGCAGUUCCUGAUUUCCCCUCCUGCCUCUCCCCCCGUGGAUUGGAAACAAGUGGAAGAUGCAACUCCAGUCAUCAACUACGACCUUUUAUAUGCAAUUUCCAAGCUAGGACCAGGUGACAAGUACGAGCUGCACGCGGCCACCGCCACCACCCCCAGCGUGGUCGUGCACGUGUGCGAGAGCGACCGGGAGAGCGACGGCGGCGACGAGGAGCCCAAAAAACCCAAACCCAAAAUCAUCCAGACCAGGAGACCCGAUUACACCCCUGCCCAUCUCAGCUGAGCUGCUGCUGCUGCUGCUGGGUUUGGCUUUUGGGUUUUUUUCCCAGUAGGAAACUUCCCAGGGGAAAAAAAAAAAAACAACCCCGUCGGGUUUGGCGGCAGCGCUCGAGAAAUUCCCCGUCUAAGAGAAAAAAUAAAGGAAGCUUCAUCCCGAUUUUUUUUGAGGCUGCAAGUUGAUCCCUGGGUGUAUUCCCAAAAUGGCUGGGAGAAGAUGAUAUUUGGAGACAAACCAAGACAAAAAUAGGGUUUCUUUUUGGGGGGUGAAGGAGCUUUUCCUUGCCUGACUCUUAAAUCCUCCGGUUGGAUGGAAAAACCUCGGGAUAACAGAGGAGGUUUUAAGGAUUAAAGUCCUUAAAACUCAAAAAAAAAAGUACUUUUUCUCAUCCUGCAUUUUGUGCAUGUGUAUUCUUGGUCUUCUAAAGUAACUUCUGAGUUAUUUUCUAGAGUUUCUCACGAGCUGGAAAUCGGGGAGGUUUAAAGUAUUUAUUAUCCCAGAUUUCCCUCUAGAUGUGUAAAUACAUAUAUUUAUAUUGGUUUUUAUUGGCACUGCUUUUCCAGCAGGCACAAAAUCCCUUCAGCCCCCCCUGAUUUAGGUGCUGUGGGGACCAGUGCUUUUAAAAAUGUUCACCUUUGAAAUGCCUCCAGUGGGGUUUUAUCUGGCAAAAAACAAUGGGGAAAAAAAAAAGGUGCAACGGGAGACUUGCUGAAAUGAAUGGAUUUUAAAUUAUUUAAGUUCUGGUAAUUUAUAUCUUCAAUGACAUUUGUUUGGUAGCUUUGACUUGGGGAGGGGGGGGAAAAAAGGACUUUUAAGGGUAUAAAUAAGGCUAAUGGUGCAUAUUCAGAAUUUUUUCAGUGAUGGAGGGACUUGAAUCUGCGUUUUUUUUGUGAGAAAAGGUUGAAUGGUGAUUGUAAAAUUACAGGGAGGAGAGAUGGUGCCUUUGCCUUGUCCAUUCCUACUACAGGCUGCACACUUGGAUCUUUUUCUACUGGCUUUGUACAUCCAGAACUCCCAAACUUUCUUAGCUUUGCCUCCAGACUGAGCUGGUGUGAAAUGCUUUAAUGCCAAGUAAUGCACAUUUAAAUCAUGGCAAUGUGUGGGAGAAGCUUUAGGGGUUUUAUAUGUUCCAGACAGUCCUGGUAAUUAAUCCAAAUUCCAAGGCAAAAAAAAAAAUCCAAAAAGAUGAGAGAGAAAUGUAUUUUAUUACUUGUUUUUUUAAAACUGGAGAUCCUCACCUUGAAACAGGUAUUUUUUUGGGAAGAGAUAGCAACUGAUUUUUGUGGAAAAUGUCAUUUAUGGGUCUUAGGAAGUUUGUUGGAAAGUUUUUAGGAAUCCAGACGUGGUUCCCUCCUGCUCUGCUUUUGCCACAGUUGGUCUGAGAAGGAGUUUGAAGCAAAUAUUGACUUAAACACCCUUGUUUUUUAUCAAUAAUACCUGUUUUAAAACCGAAGAUGUGGAAUGGAGCCAUCCCAAACUGGGAAACAAGGACUGGUGUUGCCAAGUGAAACGGAAACCAGUGACUGGAGAACAGGAAUAUGUGGAAUUUUCUGCUCUGGUUUUGAUCACUGUUCCCUGGAAACUGGAAAAAACCCUGGUCCUUGGUGUUAAAAAGACCUAAUUCCAUGUCCUGCUGGAGCUCUUGGAUGGACACAGAGGAAAAAUCAGGUUAUUUUGGGGGUACAAGACCCAGCUGGGGCCAUGUCCUGGCUGCCAGCCCCCAAAAGAAAGGAAUCAAGCAGGUUUGCCACAACUGCCUUUAAGCCUUUCCAAGAUUUAUUUUUCCACGUUUCUCCAGUUCCUGCUGGACUCAAGUGUCUCAUCCAGUUGAAAAUGGAAGAAUUCCUGUCCUUUCUCACCCAUGGCAAAUCCAAACACGACUUCUCCAUCACAGGGAGCUGCUCUUCUGUUCCCUAAAAAAAACCAACAGUGCUGCUUUUCAACUGAAAACCACCAAAAUCCGUGAUUUUUAACCAUUUCCUACACCCAGAAAGUGGCCACUGGGAAAGCCUGGAAAUCUUGGAAUGGUGACAGCGUGUCCCUGGUUGUGUCUCCUUGGCUUUUCCUGGUCCUUUUUCUUUUUAAUGUUCAACUGAAUGCUUGGUUGGUAUUUUCUACAGUUGUAUAGCACGGGGCAUAUUUAAAUUAAAAUAUUUUGUUGUCUUUCUUGUAA